CAACCACCUUUUGACGCGCGAAAACUUCCAUCAUCGUCGUCGUCGUCGUCGUCGUCGUCGUCGUAGUUGUCAUCUCAUUUAGUAAGCUCUGCACCGGCUUCUAAUGCUGCUCCGCUGCUGCUGUCUUGUCAACUGACAACCUCGUCUCUGUCCGUCAAAAUUAUUCUUACGUGCAAAAAGGAAGGAGAGAAAAAAGCGCGCGUAUAGAAAAAAAAACGUGAGAAGGAACGAGACUCGUGGACGCCGGAGAUACAGAGAGAGAAAGAGAGAGAGAGAGAAAAAGCAAGAGAGCGCGAGAGAGAGAUUAAUUUUUUUUCAAAGCGUAUCGUAUCGCCGAUCCCCCUCCAACUCUUGCUUUUCCAUUGAGAGAAAAAACAAACAAACAAGAACUUCAGUGAAUGUAAUAUCGGUAUGUGUACAUGUAUAUAGAGGCCGAGCGAUCAGCUGACGAUCCGCAGAAGUGUAUUAGCCGCGCGCUCUGACGAGGAAACGAUCCGCAGGCACAUUUCAUCUCUCGCGAUCGUGUGCAUAGUCCAUAUACAAGUUGAGUGUUCGCGCCUCGUAAUCGUCGUGCUUUUCAUACAACCGACAUAAAUGCAUCGUAGCCGAAAUCUCUCGUGGAUGCAGCCCGCAACGAUUGAACAGCUCAAGAGAUCGACUUGGCGUCCGUCAGACAUAUCAAUCACGAUUAUCCAAGGAGGUCAAAAUCGGCAGCAAGAGCAAAGAUAAAGAAGGGAAAAUCGAGGGGAAAAAAGUUCACCUGACUGUGAUAUAAAAAAGUGAUAGAUAUACGCACCAUCGCCAGCACACACGAAUGAUAUCAUCGUUUGGUUAUUUGUUUGUUAUACAUAGGCGUAAAUGCGUUUGUUGACGUGAUUUAUUUGUUAAUUUUUUUUUUCGCGCUCUCUUCAUUAUUUGCCCGCAAAAGCCGUGAAUUUUGUUUUCCAACAUUAUAUUGACGUUGCGUCGGGGGCCGGAAUAUGACUUUUACUGUGCUUCAUCAGUCGUUCGGCAUCGUCAUCGUCAUCGACAGUCAUUGACUUUGCGUCAACAACCCAUACAUAGACAGCAGCAGCAGCAGCAGCAGGUCCGUGGGCGCCGAAUCGCAGAAUCUCGUCGCAUUUUUGAUUAAUUUCUUUUUUCGUAUCCUCGCACCGAAAUCCAACACAGCUAAUCUAAAUGUCCACUCAUCGGUUUAACGGCUUUUUGAUUCUUGCCCUCCUGGCACUGGUCGUCUUGCAAUUAGCGAAAGCGCAAUCGGACGUCUAUCAGUAUCAACAGCAGCAGCAGCAGCCACAGCAGCAACCGCUAAAGCGCCAAGGCCCGUCGCAGUAUUGCGGCAAGCUACUGUCGCACACGCUCCAGCUCGUCUGCAAGGGUCACUACAACAAGCCCCUAUACAAGAAGAGCGGCCAAGAAAUGGACACCGAGGACUGGAACGAGUGGAGCAACGACGACUCUUAUCCAUUCAGAUCGCGAUCAAACGCCAUGGCCAUGAUCACCGGCAGAUUCGGAGCUGGCCGUUUCCGGCGAGAGUCACGCGGCGUCCACGACGAGUGCUGCGUGAAGCCUUGCAGUCUCGAAGAGCUGUUGAGCUAUUGCGGCUAAUCGAGGUUACGCGCACCCACUCAACACACAUAUUCGCGCACUUAGGUACCCUGCUAUUUUUUCUAGCCCAACAAAAAAAGUAAUGCCUGACAAAAUGAAAGAAUACGAUUAAGUAAUGAUGCAGGAAACUCGAAGCUUACUGUAGCCCCCGGUACUCAUGAUUUUGUUGUACAAGCGAUUGUAAAACCAUCGCGAUCGCAUUGAGGUGGUCCAAGUGUACACACCCUACAAAUUCACAAUUAGAUGUAAAUUCGUUCCGACAUUGUUGAUUUAACUUUUGCAUAGAAAAAUAUAUAUUCCACAGUUGAGUUUGGCCCCUUAACUUGACAAAUGCAAUAUGAUUUUUAAAAAUUCACUUGACCGUCUGAAUUUCAAUAUCUUCAUCAUCGCUAAGUUUUUCUCGAGUAUAACGAGUAAAAAUAUCUUUAAUAAACAUUUGAAUUUAGCAUUGUCGAAUACGUUCUUUUCCUUUUCUUUUUUUUUCUUUUUUAGUCGCUCGAAAGUAUCGACGGAGCCACUUCAUUUUAACGCUAUACGUGAAUAUUUUUUUUAUCCAAUUCAUGCGACUAAUUCACUUCGAUAUACACGAUGCUUGGUUUAAUAAAACUUUUAUGAGCUGACUAUUUAGCGAGUAAGAUUAUCUUCGCAACAUUCGAAAUCCCGUUAAUUUUUAAUAUUGUGAAAAUAAGUAUAUGGCCAAGCUACCAGAAUUAUAUUCCAUCGUAUAUUGUCGUGAGAGAGAAUGGAUAUAUUGUGAAUCGUUGUUGACGAAGCUGUCUUGUAUUAUAUGACACGUAAACGAUGCAAUUUUGUAUCAGUAUUCCGUUAUUAUUUUAUAUAUUAAAUGAAAAAUGAAAACACAGAGAGAAUUUUAAUAGUAUUCUAUUAAAAAUUAAGAAGCGGUAACUAUUAACGUAAACCUUUUAUUCUAUUGUAUUUAUUCUUGCUUAUGAAGUAUUUUUAAGCGUUUAAUUUAGUUUUUAUUGCAUUAUUACAUCGUUCGAUUUAAAUGCAAGAUAUUCGCAGAAAUAAUAAUGAUGAAGAAUGGAAUUAUUUUUGUACGUUUAUUAUGAAAAACAUCGUGAUGGUAAAAUUGUUAUUAUUGUGCUAAUAUGCAAUUCGACGAGUUGAUCAAAGCACGAUUGUUGCAUUUAAAAUUAAGGUUUUAGAAAACAUUUUUUAGAAACUUGUAAAUACGUAGGUUUCCCAAUCUAAUUUCAACUGCUGGAUAAGAAUGAUUUUAUUGAAAAAUCAUCAUUUACUUUUACGUAACAUUUUGUGAACAAUUUGUGCGGAAAAAAAUUUCGAUCACAUUAAUUUUUUAACAUUUGAAAUCUCUGGUACUGUACGUUUAUAUGGUCACGCAUCGAAAAAAAAACUUAAUUAAUUAUUGCGAUUGUGUUAUUAGUUAUUUUAUAAAACGUGAUUUUCAGAGUUAGAUUUUUUUGUUUAAAGAGGCUGUGACACGAUGGAAAUAGCUCUGACUGUACUGAGACUACUUUUAAUUAUAGAGGAAAUUUUUUUCGUCACACUAUUGUAAAUUUCAUUAAUUAUCAAUGCAAUGCAAAAUUUUUUUUUUUUUAUAAAACUUGAAUGAUACAUUUAUUGACUUCAGUUAAAAGUUUAAAUGGUACUUUCUAUUUUUUCCCUUUGAACAUAACUUGGAUAAAAAUAUAUAACUCACGCGGAUACAUCAAGUAUAGUUUUUGAAUAUAUAUAUUUUAAUGGUUUUAUUUUUGGAUAACCAAAAUUUUUGUUCUUGCUCGACUUUGCAAUCAAAUACUUGGAACGGAUAACAACUUUUAUUGUUAUUGUUUUAAUAAACUACUGUAUCUUGAAAAAUUUUCUAUAAAUGUUAAGGGAAAGGACGAAAGAAGUACUGUUUAUACAAUUAAUAUAUAAUAGUCCUAUGAUUACAUUGAAUAUUCAUAUCAACAUAUGUUGCUGCUUCCAUAUAUUGAUUUUGUAGGCUCGUGUAUCGACUAUUAACAUCUAAUGAGAUAUUUCUUAUAUAAGACUAUGUACCAUUGUAAUUACACAUAAUAAUUAUUUAAUUUUUGAAUUUGAAUUGUAAACGAUAAUAAACUAUAUUUGCAUUGA